AGGGUUUUAGGGUCUUUCAAUUUGUAAAAUAAAAUAUCGAUCAGCGAAAGUGUGUUUUCAAGCUUAGAAGAUUUCAGCAUGGACGGUUCAGCAUUAAACAAUCCCCAAUUGCAGCAGCUAAUCAAUCAAGAAAAAGAAAGAGCAAUGGCAAAUGAGAUGAUAGCGAAGCUGACUAGUGCGUGCUGGGAUAAGUGCAUCACAGGUACUCCUGGAAGCAAGUUCAGUUCCAGUGAAACAAGCUGCCUCUCACAUUGUGCUCAUCGUUACAUGGACUUGAGCAUGAUGAUAGUUAAACGUUUUCAGUCCAUGCAGUAAGAAGAAGUCAUUGGACUUUAAUAGGAAGUCAUCGGUUUUAUUAUGUUUUCAUAAAUCGCACAUGCUAUAACGUUUUCUCGUUGGUCUUACUAUCAGUUUAACUAAUGUCAUGUUUAAACACUUCAAAAUGUGAUGAUUUUGUUUUUUUAUCUCUUUGAAGAGAAUGACAUUCUGUGCAAGCUCUAUUAUUGUGGUUGUAAUGGAUCCUUACAAUUUAUUUUAAGAGUUCAUACUCACUUUUGUGUUUUUA